AUUUAAUUUCGUAAAAAACGUUUCGAGCGGCGGACGCGUGUAGCGGACGAAAAUAACACACGGAGAGCGAGAGAUCGUCAGCAGCAGCAGCACAAGAAACUCAAAGACUCAGGCACUCAUUUCCUAGAGCCAAAGCAAAAAGUUCGCUGAAAACCGCUGAAAUUUGGCAAAAACCCCGCGAGUGUGCAUUUUACAAGAUUUGUUACUUUUUUUUUUGCCGUGUGAGUGUGAGCGAAAGAGGUAAAAGGAAAAACAGAAUGGAUCGGGAGCUGAACGGCGCGAUGAGGAGCGUGUCCAUAAAUAGCGCCCAACUGAAUGGUCACAAUAACGGCGGGCUAGAUGAAACGGACCGCGUGGGCGUGGCACGAGGAGGCGGGGAGGCGGUAUUGAGUGCGACAACAACGAAUACGACAAAAGCUACAAAUGCAUCGGCGACAGCGACAAAUGCAUCGGCAACAACAUAUUCAACUCACAGCCCGCAGCAAAUUGCACUCUUAUCCGCUGCAGAGAAAAAGAAGAUGGUGCACGAGUUAUGUCAGCAGCUGCUUUUAACGGACGAACAGGUGCAGGAGCUGUGCUACCGCAUCCUGCACGAACUGCGACGCGGAUUGGCCAAGGACACGCAUCCGAAGGCCAAUGUCAAGUGCUUUGUAACGUACGUCCAGGAUCUACCGAAUGGCAAUGAGCGUGGCAAGUUCCUGGCCUUGGAUCUGGGUGGCACCAAUUUCCGGGUGCUGCUCAUCCACUUGCAGGAGAACAACGAUUUCCAGAUGGAGUCCCGCAUCUACGCCAUACCGCAGCACAUAAUGAUUGGCUCGGGAACGCAGCUCUUCGAUCAUAUUGCCGAGUGUCUGUCGAACUUUAUGUCCGAGCACAAUGUGUACAAGGAGCGACUCCCUCUGGGUUUCACCUUCUCGUUCCCCCUCCGUCAGCUGGGUUUGACCAAGGGUCUGCUGGAAACCUGGACCAAGGGCUUCAACUGCGCGGGUGUCGUCAACGAGGAUGUUGUCCAGCUGCUGAAGGACGCGAUUGCCCGACGCGGCGAUGUCCAAAUCGAUGUGUGUGCCAUCCUAAACGACACCACCGGCACUCUGAUGAGCUGCGCCUGGAAGAAUCACAACUGCAAGAUCGGUCUGAUUGUCGGCACCGGAGCGAACGCCUGCUACAUGGAGCGUGUCGAGGAGGCAGAACUCUUUACCGCCGAGGAUCCGCGAAAGAAGCACGUCCUGAUCAACACAGAGUGGGGCGCCUUUGGCGACAACGGUGCCCUGGACUUUGUGCGCACCGAAUUCGAUCGGGACAUCGAUGUGCACAGCAUCAAUCCGGGCAAGCAGACGUUCGAGAAGAUGAUAUCGGGCAUGUACAUGGGCGAACUGGUGCGCCUCGUUCUGGUCAAGAUGACCCAGGCAGGCAUCCUCUUCAACGGACAGGACUCGGAGGUGCUCAACACCCGGGGGCUGUUCUUCACCAAAUACGUGAGCGAAAUCGAGGCGGACGAGCCCGGUAACUUCACCAACUGCCGACUAGUGCUGGAGGAACUCGGCCUGACCAAUGCCACCGAUGGCGACUGCGCCAACGUGCGCUACAUCUGCGAGUGUGUCUCGAAGCGUGCUGCCCAUUUGGUGUCCGCCGGCAUUGCCACGCUGAUCAACAAAAUGGACGAGCCAACGGUGACGGUGGGCGUCGAUGGCAGUGUGUACCGUUUCCAUCCCAAGUUCCAUAAUCUGAUGGUUGAGAAGAUCUCGCAGCUGAUCAAGCCGGGCAUCACCUUCGACCUGAUGUUAUCCGAGGACGGUUCGGGUCGUGGAGCGGCCUUGGUGGCCGCCGUCGCCUGUCGCGAGGACCUCAUCAAAAGCAAGUAGGCGUGGCAUGGAUCUGGAUGAGGAGGAUCAGGAGGAUGAGGAGCAGGAGGUACCAGGAGCCAGGAACCAGGAGGCGAAGCCCCUGGAGCAGCUGAAGCAGUCCUAUGAGAGCAACACACACACACAGAACAGCAGAGAAAAACACACCUAGUAAACGGCCACGGUGGCGUAUGCGUAAUUACAGUAGAGCCUCGCCAACUCACAAAGGUCCUAUGCGAAGUUAAAAAAAUAGAGCGCUGCCACGAUAAAAAAAGAAUCAAAAAGCCACCCAGACAAAAAAAUACAUAUGCAUAGGGCAUUUGUGAGUUGGCGCCGCUUGGCUUUAGUAUUUUAAUUAGGCAAAAAAACAAAACCAGGUUUUUAACACGAAACGUAACAGAAAACCCCCACUAAGAGACAGAAGAUUUGUGGCAUUCUAUCUCUUUCUCUCCUAGUUAAACAUUAAAACAAAAACACUAUGCUUAAUGAUUACGGAUCGAUUUUCGAUUUUUGUUGAAGAUUUGUUAUGCUAUUAUAUAUAUAUAUAUUUUACAAAAAAAAAACAUAAUAUACACACACAAAAAACAUAAUGUAUAUGUUUGCGUAUAUAUGUAUAGUACAAUUUGUGAACCGAAUUUCUUUUCGAUUUCGAUUGAGACAAAAAAUUUUUUUGGCAAUUCCCCCGCCCCUAUGAAACGGAGAUACUUAAGAGCAAGCGAGAGGAGAAACUGUUAUACUACUGUGCUACAAGCAUUCUAGCAUAUCCUGCAGGACAACGGAAAGAGAAACUGUAAAACCGCACAUUGUUAAAGCGAAAGCGAAAAAACAACAAAAACAAGCCGCUAAAGAAUAGACAGAAAAUGAGAGAGAGAGAGAAAGAGAGAGAGGAAUACUAGGUAAAGCUAUGGUGUCCUUUCUGUAAUUGUAAAUGUUUAUAUAGAACCUAUUACGAAGCGUUAUAUGAUAAUACUGCAUACAUAUAUAUUUACAUAUAUAUAUAUAUAAAUAUGAUAUAUUUAGCCACUAUAUUACUGAUUUUUUUUUUGUAAUGUAUUGCUUGUCUUUGUUUAGUGAAUUUGUUUGUUGUUAACACUUAAGCAGUUAAAAACUAAACAAAAAAACAGUUUUUUUCUUUUGAUAUAGAAACGCACUUUGUGAACUAUUAUUUAUGUAAUUGUACAUUUGACCUAGUUUAGUGUUUAGUUCUUAUCUUAGUUUCUAAAUGUCGUCGAAGAAGCCCGCAAUACAACCAAUAUAUCCCCACCCCCAAAAAAACCCGACCCACAGAGCCCUUAAUUAUAUUUAAUUAUUGUUUACGAACAACAACAACAACGGAGAAAAUGCGAGAAGCAAAUAAGCGAAGUGAAAAGCAAAUAAAAUUUGUUCUUAAUUCAUA